AGCUGAUACGAUAAAACUCCCACCGAGGAGCAUGUAGAACAGGAAAAGGCAUUUAAAACUAAAUACAUUCUUAUCAUCAUCGUCGUAACACAAAACAAGCUUAAAAUGAAUUCCCUAGUCCGAAAUAGUAGGUUGGCAUGCCGCGCGUUUUCAACAUCGCUGGUGCGACAGUGCGCUCAGCCGCCUAAGAGGACGCCGAAGCAGUUCUUCGGGCCGAUAACGUGGAAGUCCAUGGCGGUGACGGCGGUGGUGGGCGGCGGGCUGACGGGGUUCAUGCUGUACGUGAGGAAAGAGAAGCAGGUGGCGGUAGAUAGGGAACGUAAGCGGCAGCUCGGCAAGGCUAAGAUCGGAGGAGAUUUUGAGCUCGUGGACACGCAGGGCAAACUGGUAAAGAGUGCAGAUCUCUUAGGCAAAUGGCUAUUGAUAUACUUUGGAUUCACCCACUGUCCUGACAUUUGCCCUGAUGAACUGGAGAAAUUAGCAGAGGUUGUUAAUAAGCAUGAUUCAACUCCGUCUGCACCACCGUUGCAACCAGUAUUUAUAUCUGUAGAUCCUAAGAGAGAUACACCUGAGAUUGUGGGAAAAUACUGUAAGGAGUUCUCCCCACGGUUUCUAGGCCUGACCGGCACCGUGGAACAAGUACAGAAGGCGUGCAAGUCGUACAGGGUGUACUUUAGCGCGGGGCCGGAGGACGUCGACAAUGACUACAUCGUGGACCACACCAUCAUCAUAUACCUGGUGAACCCCGAUGGCGAGUUCGUGGACUACUACGGGCAGAACCGCAACGCGAAGGAGAUCCACGACUCCAUGCUCGUCAACAUACAGAAGUACGAGGCCUCCAAGAACUCCUCGUGGUUCUGAACGGGU